AUGGGAAUCAAACAACCUACUGGUGUGCUGCUGACGGGGCCUCCGGGGACGGGAAAGACGUUGCUGGCGCGAGCGAUUGCUGGCGAAGCGUCAGUUCCAUUCUUUUUCGUUUCUGGAUCGGAGUUUGAUGAGAUAUUUGUGGGCAUGGGCGCGAGGCGAGUGCGGAAACUGUUCGAAGAUGCGAGGAAGCAUGCUCCCUGCAUUGUAUUCAUCGACGAAAUCGAUGCCGUCGGUCUCAAGCGUUCCUUUUACAGCAGCGGAUCCGGCCGCCAAACCGUCAAUCAGCUCCUCAACGAAAUCGGAGGUUUCCGCGACGACGAAGGCAUUCUGGUCAUCGCGGCCACCAAUCUGAAGCACGUUCUCGAUCCUGCACUCAUCCGUCCCGGACGAUUUGACGUGGAGAUUCAAACGUCAUUACCCGAUCGCGAAGCACGCGAAACUCUGCUGAAGAAGAUCACAUCGAAGUCGCGCCUCUCCGAAGACGUGAAUCUCGAAGUCCUUUCUCGCCUAACGAUUGGAUUUUCUGGCGCAGAGCUGGAGAGUCUGAUCAACGUCGCUGCAAUGAUCUCCGUGUCGAACGGUUCGCAAGAUAUCAAGUUCGAGCACAUCCAGGAAGCCUUGGACCGCAUUCAGAUCGGCUCCAAGCAAGUUCUCGGAGAUGAUAAGCAAGCGAUUCGAAACACCAUAAUCCACGAGUGCGGCCAUGCUCUGGUUUCUCUCCUCACCGACGGAACGCUUCCGAUCGGAAAAAUCACUAUCAUUCCUCGCGGUAAUGCUCUGGGCUAUGUCACCCAUGUUCUGGGCGAGGAAGAACUGUAUUCGCGGUCCAAGAAGCAGCUGCUUGCGAGCAUCGAUGUGGCUAUGGGAGGCCGAGCAGCGGAGGAGGUUUUUUUUGGAAAAGAUCGCGUGACUACUGGAGCGGAAAACGACCUUCAGCAAGCAUCGCAGAUGGCGAGGAAAGCGGUGUACGAAUGGGGAAUGGGCAGCACAAUCCGCGUACGAACGGGAGUUGAUCGGUUCACACACGAUCCGCUCCCGAACUAUUCGGAAGCUACCAAGCGAAAGAACGACUUGGAGAUCGAAGAAAUCCUCUCGGAGAGCUACAACCGCGCAAAGUCCCUCAUCGAGAACAAUAAGCACAUUUUGCUAAAACUGGCUGAUGUAGGCUCCGUUUGCUUUCUAGUGAAGUAGGCCGUGGAGGAACACGAAACCAUUUCGGGGGAGGAUGCUCAGCGAAUCAUCAAAGGAGAAAUGCUCGAACUCAAGGCAAAAAAGCAAGCGGAGGGUGCUGAGAAGGAAAAUACGCUCAAUAGUAAUACCCAGGUCAAAGGCAAAGAUGCGGUGGAUAUCGACAAGUUUGCUACGGAGAUUGCAAAGGCGAUGGUUCAGCUACGGUGUGAUCAAGAGAAGGAAAUAUUUGAUAAGUUAUGGCAAAGGGGCAAGCAUUAAAAGUGGAUAUACUUUGAUUA